AUGGCCGAAAGCGUUCGAGUCAUUGUUCGAUGUCGACCUUUUAACGAACGCGAAAAGAAUUUAGCCGAAUCGAAGCAAUGUGUUCAAAUGACCCCAAACUUGGGUCAGGUAACCCUUCUUGCUCCAGAUGGGAUCAACAAGGAUUUCACAUUCGACGGAGCUUAUUUUAUGGAUUCGACCGGAGAACAAAUUUAUAAUGAUAUUGUAUUCCCUUUAGUUGAGAAUGUUAUUGCUGGUUACAAUGGAACUGUUUUUGCGUAUGGACAAACUGGAGCUGGAAAGACAUUUUCCAUGCAGGGAGUUGAGUCGAUCCCGGCACAAAGAGGCGUUAUCCCUCGAGCAUUCGAGCAUAUUUUUACUGCGACAUCUACUACCGAAAAUAUGAAGUUUUUAGUCCAUUGUAGUUAUUUGGAGAUUUAUAAUGAAGAAGUCCGCGACUUGUUAGGGACGGAUCAUACACAAAAGUUGGAAAUCAAGGAGCAUCCUGAUCGCGGAGUAUAUGUGGCGGGAUUGUCGAUGCAUGUCUGCUACGACGUACCAUCUUGUAAAGAAUUGAUGACGAAAGGAUUCAAUAAUCGGCAUGCCGGGGCCACAUUGAUGAACAAGGAUUCUUCGAGAAGUCAUUCAAUUUUCACUGUAUACGUCGAAGCGAUGUCAGAAACGGGAUCGAUUCGAAUGGGGAAACUAAAUCUGGUCGACUUGGCGGGUAGCGAGCGACAGAGCAAAACAGGUGCGACUGGAGAUCGGCUCAAGGAAGCAACCAAAAUCAAUUUGUCACUUUCCGCACUGGGAAAUGUGAUAUCAGCACUGGUUGAUGGAAAAUCUAAGCAUAUCCCUUAUAGGGACAGCAAACUGACAAGGCUUUUGCAGGAUUCGCUUGGUGGAAACACAAAAACUAUCAUGAUUGCCUGCAUUUCACCGUCGAGCGAUAAUUUUGAUGAAACAUUAUCAACAUUAAGGUACGCGAAUCGUGCUAAAAACAUCAAGAACAAGCCGAAGAUCAACGAAGAUCCAAAAGAUGCGUUACUACGUGAAUACCAGGAGGAGAUCGAGAGGCUCAAGGCUCUUGUGGCACCUGGUGCAAGUGGAAAAGCUGCCAAUAUGGACGCAUUCAACAUCGAAGAAGAACGAAGGAAACUACGAGAAGAAUUCGAAGAAGCUAUGAACGAACUACGGAAUGAGUAUGAACGAGAACAGACGAGCAAGGCGGAACUCCAAAAAGAUCUCGAAAAACUGAAAAUGGAGUACGAAAAAGCGAGUGCGAGUCUGGAUAAUCUGACGCCUGAAGAAGCCGCUAAGAAGCUACAACAACUCGAAGAUCAAUUCAUUGGAGGAGAAGAAGCUGGAAACACGGUUUUGAAGCAGAAACGAAUGAAGCAGUUGAUGGAAGCCGAAACGAAAACUCAAAAACUUGCUGCAGCUCUGAAUGUGCACAAGGACGAUCCAUUAUUGCAAGUGUACAGUACAACUCAAGAAAAGCUGGAUGCUGUCACCAAACAAUUGGAGAAAGAGCAGAAAAGAUCGAAAGCAUUGGAGAGAGAAAUCGAAGAUUUGAACGGCGAGUUCGAGUUGGAUCGGCUUGAUUACCUCGACACAAUAAGAAAGCAAGAUCAACAAUUGAAACUUUAUAUUCAAUUGAUGGAGAAAAUUCAACCGCUUGUCAAAAAAGAUACGAAUUAUGCGAAUGUUGAAAAAAUCAAGAAGGACGCGGUCUGGAAUGAAGACGAGAGUCGCUGGGUAUUGCCAGAAGUGACGAAUAGCCGCACAAUUCUACCGAGCGCCACAAACAUGAUGAGCAAUUUGAGUUAUCCCAAAGAAGAAUCGAUGAUGGUCCGAACAUCAUACGAUGAUAAAUUGAGGGAGAGAUUAGCUAAAAGCGAUACCGAAAUGGUGGCUAAUAAUUAUUUCAAACCAGUCAAACAAUUCAAUGUUCUCAACAAAUAUAAAGGAGAGCAAAAUAAAUUGACAGUCAAAUCCUACUUCCCACAGAAGUCGUCGACGUUCGACGGCCUUUUGAACGGUGUAGUUUACACGGACGACAUUUACAACCGCGCGAGUUCGGAACGCCGACCGGCUCGGCUAGCAGCAAUUCAAAAGUGA